UUCAGGAAAGACAGCACAAAGACGAGCCGCAAGAUGAAGCGCCUGUUGUUUUUGGGGUUUGCUUUUGCUGCGUUCCACAUCAGCCAUUCGGAUCGUCCAGAAUUCUGCUCGCUGCCGCAUAAUGAAGGUGAAGGCUCCAGCUUCACCUUCGCCUUGUACUAUGAUCCCAUCAAAGACCAGUGCAAUCCUUUCCUAUACAAAGGCCAAGGAGGAAACGCCAACCGUUUUCAAAAUGAGAGAGAGUGCAUAAGAAACUGUUCCCUCAAUGUAGAUCAAAUCUACCCCAUGGACGCGUCCAAGGCUUGCCACUUUAAAAAGGCCGUAGGUGAAUGCAGUGGUCAGUAUUUGAGAUACUACUACGAUUCUGUUCAUGACAAAUGCAAAAAGUUCCUCUGGUCUGGAUGCAUCGGAAACGGAAACAGAUUUUUUGACCAGGGCACCUGCAACGCCACCUGUGAAGGCAUCCACGAUGAUCGUGACGAAGUAGAGGAGGAUGAGCCGGACACUCCUAUUGCCAUCAUCUGCGGAGUGCUGCUUGCUGUCAUUAUUGCUGCCAUCGUGAUAACUGUGAUCGUCCUGACCGUUCAGUCAAAGAAAAACGACCCCAAGAAGAAGGGAUCAGGGAAGAGUAAAGACCCCCAGACUGGCUCACCUCUUCAGGAGAGAGGGAUUGAAAUGGCGUAGAGAACCAUGUCACCUCAAUAGCAACAUGUGGAGUUUUAUCAGCUUGGUUUUGUAUUAUAACUCUCCUAAACAUAUCAACUGAUUACGACAUUUAAAUUCAGUUUAGUUUUUUUGUACUGACAUAUGUAAUAGCCAUUGCAUUUUUUUAAAUUCUAUGUUUUGUUUCUCUUAGAACAUGUGCAAAGUGAUGUUUCUUAACUUGUUUUUUCCCCUGGGAGCUUCCUUUAUGCUGUACUUUCAUUCAGCAAUCCCAAAUGAGGUUGAUUUGUUUAAAUGUAAUAAAAAAAUACCAGAGCUGAAACGAUUAGUCAAUUAAUUGAUUAGUCUGUUAGCUGUUCUUUGCCUUAUGUGAUACUAAACUGAAUAUAUGUGGGUUUUGGAGUGUGGGCAAAACAAUUGGAAUCCAGAAAAUAACAAAAGAUAUUUCUCACAGACUUUCGGCACAUCAGUUAUUAAUGAAAUUUGUUGUUGAUUGCUGCUUGAAAAACAAACAAAAAAACAGCCAUCAUCAAACUUUCUGGAAAAUGUUCCAUUUAAAGGAAGUCAGUGCUUUUAAUGACAAACAUUCAAGUAUGAACAGGAGCACCACUACAUCAUUCAAACUUCAGGUACUCAUCUGCUCGUGCACAAUUACCUGAAAUGAUUUUAACGAUGUGGUCUCGUAACCCUCUCAGUGUUUCCAAAACAGCACUGCAUCAUCACCUGGCUCAAAGAUUUGCUGAAAACUGUCUGAAGUCCUCUGAAGGCACGUGCCAAGUCUAAACCCCACACAUAUAUUUAGAGCUGUUUUUGUGAAGUGAUGCCCGCAGCACAUCCUCUGUUAUUAUGUUUUCCUGCUCAGCACUUGUGAAUCUUUUGUUUUAGGCUGUAAACAUCUCAACAUAAAAAUGUCAAAAACAACCUUUCACAUUUUUUUUUUCAUGUUCAUUCUUAAAAUGUGCAGCUGUAAUAUCAAAUGCUUUGUGUUUCAGAUAUAAAAGCAGUUUUGCGGAACAAUC